AUGAUCGCGGCCCCAUAUUUCAAGGUACCGACUGCCGUGGUGCACAGCCCCUCGGGCCGCGCGCAGCAGCGCUCGGCACUUGGCGCCUCGCGCGACGCCAACACGACUCAGCGUCAACGCCCCGCGGCGCCUCGAAACGCGCAGUGGCGCUGGCAGCACAGCCACAUGGCGGCGGAGGAUGAUUACAAGCCUGAGUAUGUGGAGCUGAAGCUCAUGGGGCACGUCGCCCAGAAGGGCUUCCAGGCGGGAUCUCUGAUCGGCCUGGCGGCCGUCGUGCCCAUCAUGGCGCUGCGCCGCAGGGCGCUAGACGCGGCCCUAGUCACCACCGGCGCCGGCUACGGCGCCCUGGGCGGCCUCGCGUUGACGGUGGUGCUGGGUCUGGCCAAGCGCGCCAACAUUGACAGAAAGGGCGUCGAGGACAGGGUUUACCGGCUGUCACACAACGAGGGCCAAAACAGGACCGACUCGUUCUGCGCGGUCGGCUCUACCCUCGGCCUUGCGGCCGCCGCCUACCUGCUUCGCCAGUCCAACGCGCCCCGGCCUCCGCCCGCGCUGAACCUGGUCGGCGGCGCCGCGGUUGGCUGCACCCUGGGCCUGCUGGCGCACCUCGCGUCGCGGCCGGCCGAGCAGGCGACGCCAAACAAGAUGCUUCACGAGGCCAAGUAUUGA